AUGAGCUCAUACUUCUCCUCCCUGACCACCUCUUCGGCCAUUUCAGGGCUGGGAUCCCGCCUGACCAACCUCCGCCGCGCCAUCACACUAGGCGACGAAGGCGAUGACCCGGAGAACGAAGACUGCUCCCACAUCUCCAACGCCCUCCGCGCCUACUACAACGAAAAAGGCCGACCCUUCCCACCAUGGCUCCCCCAAGACCCCAAAGCCCCAACCCCAACACCCUCACGCACAAUCGCAACAACCCAACUCUCCAGUGGGCAACAGCCCAGCUACGGCCGCAGCGGCGGACUAGGCGAUCUUUGGGGUGAUUCCGCGCCCCAGGCCCAAACCCAGAACCCACAGACCGCCAGUCUACGUCGUGGCCGGGGAGGCAACGCACCACCUCUCGUCGCCGCCAACAGCGCACCGCCUGGCCCCGUCCCUUCCGGCACCCCACCCGUCACCCUGUCUCAGUCCAAUUCCCCGAGCAAAUUCCACCCUGCAGGAGCGCGACCCUUGCCCAGCCAGCGUGCUGGAUCGCAUCAGUCGGCCCAGGCCCGGGUUAACCUCGACCGUACUGGCUCGGGUGGUGGCUCGGCGCAGGAUCGGCUGCGGGCUAGGCUGCAAGGUGGCCGGUCUCCUAGUCCGAAUGUCGAUCCCAGUGUGAGGAAACCGGUUGGUGGAAUGGGAAGACGCUGA